GAAAAAAACUGUUUUUAGGACUCUGUUCAGAGAGUUCAGAAAGUGAUGAAUAAUGGUGCUACAUAAAUCUAAUUGUUUAUCUAGAGGUGUUACCUGAUAGUAAAGCAAAAUCGGAAAGUAGGAGAAGAUAACCAUUUCAUUCUGAGCAACUGCUAUUCUAAAGAACAACUUUUGGUUAGAAGCUUGGAGUUUUUUUAGUGCAAAAUGUAAGAAGUACACUGGAAAGGAAAUAUGAAAAGCAAGGCUGCCAAAUACAACGAGCCUCCUAACACACUGGAUUCUAAGUCUCCUCCAUUACAGUGUCCAGUAACAAGGAACAAAGGACGCAGCAGCCAGGUAAACUCUGUGAGAUCACAGUCUUCAUCAAUUUUAGAUCAGUCGUCUUCUGAAAGGAAUAAAAUGCAACAUAGCCAAGAGAAUUCAGUGGGAUCUAUAACUUCAUCUGUUCUGUCGCAUGGUACACUUGAAAGUAAAGUCCAAAGUAGCCAGCAAAAUUCCAUGAUUGCUAGGGCUUCAUCUGUUCUAUCACAGACUGCAUAUGACAGCAGUAAAACACAAAAUACACAGGAAAAUCCCAUGGGCUCCAAGGCAGUACCAUCACAAUCUACAUGUGACAGUUCCAUGGUGCUCAGAGAAAAUGAACAGAUAACAGUUAAAACUAAAGGUACUCAAUUCAGUUACCCUAAUAGACAGAACUGCGGAUUCGAAGAGAAAAAUGCAAUUGAAACAGCAUAUCAGAAUGCAAGAGGGCAAAAUGAAGCAUGGACUUCUCUAAAAUGUGAUGCAACUCCCUCUCAAGUUCUGCAGAAGCCAAGAGGAGUUGAGAGGCGUACAUAUUCAUCAGUAAGAAAUGUGACAUCAGAGGUAUCCUCAGAGGUCAGUGCCAGAUACGCAGACCACAGAGAAUCGCAGAACCAUUGUGUAGAACCAAAGAUUGUUAACCUCAGAAGAGGAUUGGUUCAUCAACCAAUGAAAAAUGGCUGUGAAAUUGAAUACCAUAAUGAAGCCAAAACCAUAUUUAUCGGUGUUCCAAAUUCAGAAUUAACACACCAGAAACAACUACAAACUGCUGAGAUCAAGCAAGCUGAAAAUCUCGUCAAAGAAGUAAACAGCUCCAGGCAAAUCCGUGAUGAUGGUUCUUCAAAUAGUGAUUUAUGCCUCAUGCCAGCAAAGGAAGUGGAACAAGUGUCUCAACUUGAUUUGCCAUCAAGUAGAACCAGUGGGUCUGUAUCUGUUGGAACUAAUGUAACUACUUUAACCGGAAACCGUCUUACCAUCAAGAGUGGAAACAAAGAAGUGGUGGUGGUUUUUAUGAAUUCUUCACAAUCUGUCAGUGGGUGUGGAGGACAAACAACUGAAAAUGAUCAAGAACAUGAAAUUCGUGCAACAACAAAGUCAGUUCCAGCUGCAUCAACAACAACAGCACCUAACACUGUCGAUGGGCGAGUUCUUCUCUCCGACAGACAAGAAAUGCCAUUGCAUUCUACAUGUCAUACUACCGAGAAUGAAGCCAGUAUCAUUAAUGAAAGUAUUUCCUGUGAAAAUAAUUCCACUUUUAAAAUCAGUGAUGCAAGUGGAGAUCAGGCGAAUGAUGAUAGUUAUCAUCAUUCCUUUCAGAAACUUCAGCGACCCAUGCCUAUAAUACUCCAUGCGCACAGACCACUUUUAAGUGCUACUAUCAAUGGACCACAAACAAGUAUGGCAGUUGGUGCAAAUGGUGCAGUACUGGAACAAAACACAAUCUCAUCUGAUGAAAAUGCAGUUGACAAUAGAAGGGAUCUUGUUCCAAUCAGAGAUAGUUCUGCUCAAGGGUUUUCAAGAAACUUCAAUGCCAGUGAUGCAUGCAAUGGUAGCACUGAAUAUCAGAAUAGUGGACUACAGAUGCAGUUUCCUUCUUUGGUACAGUCAUCUGCUUACAGAGAAGAUGCAAGAACUUUGCUGUUUGAAGAUCCAGCAGCCUACCAGUAUGGACGAGAUCAAUUAAGCUCUGAUGAAGACCCUGUAUCUGAAGCUCAUUUCCAAACACAAAUGCCUUUAAUGGGACAGCGUAGCCUUUAUGGAAGACUACCAUCAUAUGGACAACAUGCAUUACAUAACCCAUACAGAGAUGAAUUCAGUGACAUAGCACGUGAGCCAGCAUAUCAUGUACAUAGAGAGCCAAUUGGAGUUCUUCGUUGUCGAAGGUUUGGGUCAAGUUACAGUGGGCAGUAUGUCUAUCCUCUUCCUCUGCGAAAUCCUGAGAGAGCUCAUAGAAGAUCUUUCUUAGAUAUGAGACCACACAUUUAUCAUCGAACAGCAUAUCCAGAACAACCUUUUUAUGGCUACGUUGAUGGUGGAAAUAUGUUUUUUAUGAAUAGAUACUAAAAUAAUUUUCCACUCGGGAACAUCAUCUACAGCAAACAAUGUGGGAACUGUCUUUUCCUUUUGUGAAUGAAAAGUAAAAAUGCGACUGGUGCUGCUGCUGUUAUCAAGUUACUUUGUUGGUUUUAAUGUGUGUUAAUUAUUUUUGUUAGUAAAAUAAAAAUCUACAUAUUGUAAAUGUUGGUAAGUUGGCAUUUCUGUCUUCUCAGGUAACCCAUCUGUGUCAGUUACCUACAUUAUAUUAAUUUCGACUGAAUGCCAGUGCUCAUCUUCUUAAAUAUUUUAAUUAUUUAAUUUAUCCACACUUUAAGUCUAGUUGAUAAUUUUGUUUAAUAUGCCCAUUGUUAUUCUGUCAUAUAAAUUAUUCCAUGGAGAAAUCUGAAAUAUUGCAGUCAACUGUAGUUCUGAAGCACUUUAGUUCCUAAAUUAUUUAAUAUUAAUUUCAUUUCAAUAAAUAGAUCCCAAAUGAAUUUGAAUGCAUAGUUUUUCUAUAUUUGUUCUAAUUGAAUGUUUACAUAUUUAAUGGAAAUGAUUCAAAGAAUUUUAUUGUAUUUACUUUUUAAAAAACUAAUAUAUUAGUAGAAAAAAUGUCUUCCAGCAAACAGUUGUGUUUUAAUUUGACUUCAUAUGUACUUUCCUCUUGACUCUUAAAAUAAUCCAUUUAAUUGAUAUAACAUGUAAAAGAAAAUUUGCAGAUACACUGUUGUUCUUGGCAGGACUGUAUGUAAAAUUAUUCACAGCUACAUUAGUAUUUUAAUACAAUUUAUUGUUUCACAUACUCUGGAAGCUUUGCUACAUGUAGCUCCAUUGUCACAAGAGUGAAUCCUUUUUAUGUUUGUUCAUCAUAAGUUUUGUAAUGCAAUUAGAUAUUUAGCUUUCACAACUUGAUUUUUAUCUAAACUUUAUAUUCCGCAUAUACAGGCUCAUUUCUACAGAAAUUCAUAUAAUAUUUUGUGAAAUUGAUGUUGUGACUUUAUUGCUAUGAUAUUCUUAAUAAGCAUUUCCAUUUUAUUAGUGUACAAUAUUUGCAAUUAUUGUUUUAUAUAUGUACUCAAUAAAGGGAGAACAUGAA